CUUCCCAUACACUGACGAGGGUCGACGAAGCGAAAGUGCAGGGAACUCGUGUCAUGUUAGUCGUGUCACCUUGUAUUUAAAGGAUGGGUCGAAAAUUUUGGAUAGCCGCAAUUCUUAUACCCAUCUUUUGCUACUUUAUGGUGAAAUAUCAAGAUGCCGAUUUUAUGUUGAUGGUGUACGAGAUGAUCGGCCAAGAUCCAGCCACUGCACUCCGAGGGAAAGUUGUAUGGAUCACUGGUGCUUCUAGCGGGAUUGGUGAAUAUUUAGCUUAUGAACUGGCCAAAUAUGGCUGUAAACUAGUGCUGUCUGCACGGAGGAAGGCAGAGUUAGAGAGAGUCAAGGAAAACUGUGCAGCAAUUGCCACUGGUCUCAAUUCCUCAUUUCAAAAAGAACAAGAUAUCCUUGUACUUCCAUUGGAUUUGGUAAAACAUGACACUCAUGACAAUUUGACACAAGAUGUCAUCAGGCAUUUUGGAAAGGUCGAUAUUUUGGUAAACAAUGGAGGUCGCUUCCAGAAAUCUUGGAUGAGAAGAACUCCGUUAGAGGUGGACAGCGCUAUUUUUGAUCUAAAUGUUAUUGGUACCAUCUCUUUGACAAAAGCAGUUCUUCCAUAUAUGAUUGAACGCAAAGAAGGAAAGAUUGUGGUGGUCAGCAGUGUCUUGGGAAAGAUGGGUAAAUUUUGCCUAAACGGUUAUUUUGAUGGUGUACGUAUGGAACUGGCACAAUACAAUAUCCAUGUACAGACGGUCCUUCCAGGGCCCGUUGCGUCGCAAGUCACUGAUAAGGCUUUCACAGAGGACAUCAACAUUGAGUACAAAGACUCGCCAGGAUUUAUCAAGGUAGACUUUCCAGUAAUGCCGACUGAACGCUGUGCGAAACUUAUGGUGAUCGGGAUGGCAAACAACUUGGAUGAAGUAUGGAUCUCAGAGAACCCGAUGCUGCUAGCUACUUACAUGAAACAGUACUUU